AUGGAGGACGUCCUCUGCGAUCGUGAGGGUCACCAUGCCCUGGAGCAUUACUUCCAUCUAACCGAAUCUCUAAGGAUGAUCACUGGCAUCAGGUUAGAACUUGAGAGGAACAAGGUGCAGAAUAUAGUGAACGCCAUCGGCGAGGUCACCUUUCGCUAUAGCUUCUACAAAAAAGCAGACCUUAGUCAACUACGGUCCGAUAUUGAAGCAGUGUGGGACAUGGUAUAUACGCUCGCGAAAAACACUGAUGCUAACAGCCAAUACCAGGACUCGCUGGUAUAUAUGCUCAUGUGUACGAGAGACGGCAGCCCAAUCCGCAGACCCAGCCAUUUUGGUCAGCCACAUGCCGAGGAAUGCGAAAAGAUGCAGCACUGCGAGAAGAAGGGCUUAGGAGCAAAAGCAGAAUCGAGGUCUGCAUCUAAGACACGUGAAUCCACGGACGCAGUAAGCGAAGCGGACGAAGAAUCCGAAGACGCGAUGUCAGUCGACGAUGAUGAAGAAGCCGGGGUCAAAUUGGAAGGAAGUAAUCUCAGCAGCUCCAAUAAUGAAAUCUCUGCAAACGGGGUUGCUGAACUCCUAGACGAAUCCACUGUUAAGACCAAGGAAGACCCCAACAAGGAGCCUCCCUCCAUAGUUAUCACCGAUGGAAUGACCGUGUGGUCAGAUUUACCAUAUCUAGACAGCUUCCUGCGCCCGAGAUUUUUCAACCUGAUGGCUCUACCAAUGGAGAAAAGGUGCAAUUUUUCCUCGUUCAUUGGCCGCCUGGUUUCUGUGGGUGCAGACGACUACCGGUUUGGCCAGCUUGCUCUCUGGCUACUUCGCGAGACGCUAGAGGUAUCCCGGCCGGGUAAGACAGACACUAUCAUUCCAUCGGAAGAAACGGGAACAGAACAAAACUACAAGGAAAACAAGAAGAAGAGUCAAGGACCUAGUAAGGUGAAGCAGACGGAAAUCACCCAGGAAACGUAUGAUAAUCUGCCGAUUACUGAAUUCCUACCUCCAUGUGUUGCCUUGCUUGAGCAAUGUGGCAGGAAGCUCUCAAUGCUGUCAGAACGUCAGUUGUCAUUUAAAGCUGAAUCAUGCAAACACAAACAGUGGACAUCUGUUGGAAAGCUUGCAGAAGGUGUCGGGGCAGAGAAAACAGGGUUCAGUCUGGCUAGGUGGAUAUUUUGGAGAUCACGGCUUAGGACCCUUAUCAUGUUUGGGGGCGGAGAGAUUGCAGAAGAUGCACGACGUGCGUUUAACGUCAUCACCUUUGUAGGUCGGAUAUCUGGCGUGGACAUUCCUGGCGACUUGUGGUAUUUCGGAAACUUGGUUAAAUACAGGUAUAGGCUUCCAAAUACGGAUCCCAGAGACACGAAUGACGAUCUAGAGUGGAUCGAUGAUUAG